GAACAGUAAUCUACCGUGUAGUAUAGAAAUUGGGUGUCAAAAUAUCAUUUCUCUUUAAUAACAUUAAACCACCUUAGUGUGGUAUUUCACAACAUAAAAUAUCAUCUUUUUACUCUUUUUCUUGUGCCCUCUUAUCUAUACUUUCUAUGUAAUUUUGUUGGAAAUUCAUGAAAUCAAAUUAUUAUAUAACAAAGUUGAAUUCACAAUCUUGUCACAAAUAUUUUUACUAAGAAGAACAAGCAAAACUCUGAUUUCAUCACCAAAACUCUGACUGAAGAGUUAGCAUCAUCAUCAUUAUGGCUUACCCUUAUCAACCACAUCCUUCUGCCUCAGCUACCCUGAUGCUAGAACUUCCCAUGGCCAUAAUCAGCCCUCAAUACUGUGCUCCGUAUCCGCUUGAGCUCGCCGUCGUGAAAAAGGUUAUGACCAUUUCAGACGGAAACUUUACCGUUACUGAUGUCGAUGGCAACAUUAUUUUCAAAGUUAAAGGUUCUCUCUUCAAUCUACGAGACCGCCGUGUCUUGCUUGAUGCCGCCGGUCACCCCAUCAUCACCUUACGUCACAAGAUAACGAGUAUGCAUAAUUGUUGGAAAGCUUUUAGGGGUGAAAGCACAAAAUCAAAAGAUCUUAUAUUUACUUUGAAGAAAUCAUCAGUAUUUCAGUUUAAGACCAAACUAGAUGUGUUUUUAGCUGGUAAGUCAAAAGAGGAUGUUUGUGAUUUUAAAGUCAAAGGCAGUGAAAAUUCUUGCAAAGUUUAUGUUGGUGAAUCUAACAACGUUGUUGCUAAGAUGCACAAAAAGGACACUCUUAAGAGUGUUUUGUUUGGUAAAGACCAUUUAACACAACAAGAAAAUCUUCAAUUAACUAGGGCGUUUACUCUAGCUAGUUUGUAGCUAAUCUCUAUCAAACAGAAUUAGCUAGAGAUUUAUUGGGGAUUAGCUAUGAUAUAUGCCGUAGCAUGGAUUGAGUGGCUAAUUAUCUUGGCAAAAGUUUCCUAGCAAAAUUCCAACUAAUGUUAAAAUCGUUCAAGCUAAACGACAACAAAACUGUAGCAAAACAUCAUAGUUAAAUUUAUAUUUCCAACCUAUAGAACUACAAUAUGGCUACGAAAAUAUCAUAGCAAUUCUCAAGCUA